AUGAUGAACUCUCGCGAACAAUCUGACAUGCCUCCGGCCCCCUCUUACCCAUCCCCCAACGGUGCGCAGAUGGCUCAGGGUGCCAUGCCGUACUAUGGCAACCGUCAGAUGACCACCGACGAACUCCUAUCCGCCGAACUCUCACGCGAAGCCUCCGGCCCGAGCCUUGCCGAUGGAUCGAGUAAUGGUGUCCAUCACGGCCAGUCCAUGGUCCUGGGAUCCUCCAAUGCCGAUGAUAUGGGUCGAGGCACGCCCGAGGAUCAACACCAACACCAGCACAUGCUCCAGUUCCCCCCGAGUCAACAAGUCGGUGUCGACCCAAACCAUGACCUGAGCUACGGUGAACAAAGUGCGCGCAAGCGAUCCAAAAUCUCGCGGGCGUGUGACGAAUGUCGCCGAAAGAAGGUACGAUGCGAUGCGAGUUCGGAAUCGGGCCUCGAGUCCUGCACCAACUGUCGCCGCCUGGGUGUGGUGUGUCAGUUCAGUCGUGUCCCGAUGAAACGCGGUCCCAGCAAAGGGUAUAUCAAAGAGCUUGCCGAGCGACUUCACACCCUCGAAAGCCAGAUGCACCCCCCCAUGGUGCAAGCCGAUGUGCCGUACCAGGGCAUGAACGAGGUGUCGCUCCCCCGAGGGUACCAGGACUUCACUUCGCCCGUCGACUCGGGUCCAGUCAAUUCCGCCAAUCGCAAGAGAACCUACUCCGUCUUCGAGGGUCUGCCUAGCUCGUCGUUCGCGCAGCCCUCAUUCAACGCUCGCACCUCACAGAAUGCCUUUGAUGCGUCGGAAUCGUCGGCAGACCCGUACAACCCCACAGUCACGAGCGGCAGUGCUCCCAAACCCGGAAAUCUAUUCUGGAAUCCAACGGGCAAUGAACAAGACUUGCCAAGUGGUCUUGAAAUGACGGAUCUGCCCAAGCAUGAAGGCGAUGAUGAUAUGACCCCCGUCGCUCUGGACGAGGGGGCCCUUGAUGCGUACUAUCACAAGAUCCAUACUCUCCUGCCGAUUCUCCCCCACACGAAGGAACGGACGCUGGAGCUCCUCCACCAGUGCAAUCGCGAGGUGCAAGAGAUCUUCUGCUACGCAUUGUACACGAUCACUCAGACCGACUUGUCUCGCUUGGCAAGCAACUUUGAGAAAGUCACUUCGUUCGACAACGCCCAGGAUCUUCUUCUGUACCACACUCGCCAGCCGCUGACGGUCCACUCCACUGCCGUCAAUUUGGUUUGCCUGCAGACUCUUCUGUUUAUGAUUAUCGACUGUGACACACGUGGCCCGGACAACUUCAUCCUCAAGGAUGGUAUUCCGAAACAAACUUUGGUCCAGGCUGCUAACAAGCUCGGAUAUGAUUUGGCCAAGAGCCGGGGCCAGUUGAAGAGCAAGCGGUCUGCAGACCCUGACAUCGACUCGGAUGCCAAUAUCACUCGACGCAACUGGGUCUCUCUGAUUAUCCUCGCCCGGUGGUAUGCUAUUAGUGUGGCAGAUGCAACCGUUCUGGGAAGCUAUGAGAUCGGUGGUCGUGAAGAUGAAAGGGUGGUUGGGCAAAUCACGAUGGGAAUUGCUUCUUAUUCCACAUUCCUCUUGGAGCUGGUCACCUUGGCCACUGUCGAGCACAAUGUCUGCCAGACCAACACCGGUCUGGGCGGCAUGGUUGGAGUCAACUUGGUCGCGUCUCUUGAGCGUCUGGCGGAGAUGCAGGAUGUGUUCAGCAUCCACGAGCUACCCGAAAACACGACCACGCGCCCGCUUUACGAGAGCCUCCAAUCCCAACUCUACUGGACCGUUCGACUGCUCAUCAAGCGUCAUGUCUUCGUCUACAGCCCGUAUGAGAUCAUCUACUGUGCGCAGGAGGUGAUCAACGAGAUGCACAAGUCAACCAUGCAGGCCCGUCUGCCCUCGCCAUUUGACCUGCACUGUCUGGCCCUUGCCUCGAUGACCCUGCUCGAGGCCACCGUCCUCCCGGAACACGCCAACGGGUGCUGGGACUCCCUGGAGAAAGUCGAGGAGAUUCUCGACUGCCGCUCCAAACGCACUACUGAAGCCACCGAGUUCGACAACGUCUUCGGCACCCCGGGCUGGGAUGUCAAGCUCCGCAUUUUCCUGGAAUGGCGCCGCGUAAAAUCGCAAGAGAGCCAGCUCCAGGAUGCCGUGAGCUCCGGCCCGACCAAGGGCUCCGCCCAGCCUCCCGUCAUGGGCCCCAACGAGCAGCGCUCGCUGCAGCACCUCGCAGACCUCGCAGUCGGCGCCGAGGGUUCCGUUAGUCAAAACGCCCCGUCCACGCCGCCGCCCGGUCUGUCUUCCACUGAGCACGGUGACACGUCUCCCAAUCUCGCCCCACAGCUAGUGCAGUCGCAUGGCGGACCGGGCCGCGUUGUGGUCGACUUCACUUUGCUCACCAAGGAGGGCUACCUGAACGUCUUCUCUGGCUUAAUCUAUCGCCGCUCCCGCUAA